AUGGAAAAGUUCACUGAUUGGAGGGACAAAGGUACUGGGAUUGCUCCGUUUUUACCAGUAGGUUCUGGUCGGCUCGGGCUGGGAGCUAAGGUAGGUUGCACUCUACUACUGAUGGUGAAAUUCCUAGUUGUAUCACCAUUGAUCCUUGUCUACUGGCUAACCAGAUCGAAGGCUGUUUUCCGGUGGGUCAUGUCAUUUUUGUUUGACUGGAGUGUGGAUGUCACAGUUCUUGGUAUCAAGAGAAGAAACUUGAAAAAACAUGAUGCUUAUCCCCAUAGAGGUCGGUUCUAUGUGUGCAAUAGCUCAUCUGCUUUAGACGCCCACAUCUUAGAUAGUAUUGCACAGGGAAAAUCGACCUUCUUAGUAGCUAGUGGGAAUGCGCUAUAUGCGAUGAACAAGUGUCAGUAUUCGAAUUAUGCAUUAGAUGGAUCAUUAAAUGUGAAAAAAUACGCUCAAGAGAUACACAAUGGUGAAAUUUUGCAAGAUCGAGUGGUCUUUAUAUUCCCCGAGGGAACUUGUUCAAAUGGUAAGUCAGUGCUUCCUUUUGAAAUCGACGAGAAUUCGGUGGAGUCACUGUUGGGUGAAAACUUGAGUGUUCAAGUGACUCAUCUGAAGAUCAAUCCUUCGCUGACCACCCCAUUAAGAGUGUCCCGGUGGGAACUGGUCACUAGAAUGGUCGCCAAUGGUGUUCAUGCCAAGAUAAAAAUACAUGAAGCACAAAACAUCGCACCACUAGACAAGUUAAGAGUCGCAUUGAAUGAUGGCAACAAGUUCAAAUUGGUGUCAAAAACCUUAGAUGUAGAGGCAAAACGCAAGUUUGUUUCUGAGUACGAGAGAACUCAGUAA